AUGGCGCUUCUAUCACAAAAAUUUUGUUCUUCAUCAUCAUCUGUCAAACCGUUGGCAAUGAUCUUAUGUAUAUUCCUCUACCGUAAUGUUGCUGCUGUAACACUUCCCACAAAUGGAACAACUCCUGCAGUCUUUGCUUUUGGAGAUUCAACGUUGGAUACUGGCAAUAACGACUACAUCAUUUCUGGACUCAAAAGCAAUUUCCCCCCUUACGGGAGAGACUUUAUGGGAGGAAUGCCUACCGGAAGAUUUAGCAAUGGAAGAGUCCCCUCAGACUUGAUUGCUGAAGUUUUUGGAGUGAAGAAGAUUUUACCAGCUUAUCUGGAUCCAAAUUUGCAGCUCCAAGACCUACUUACUGGUGUAUGUUUUGCCUCAGCAGGUUCAGGAUAUGAUCCUCUUACUGCAGAAUUUGCAGAAUUACAGUCUGUCUUGUCAUUAUCAGAUCAAUUAGACUUAUUCAAGGAGUACAAAAGUAAGAUAAACACAGCAGUUGGGAAUGAAAAAACAGCCACUCUACUGUCAAAAAGCUUGUUCAUUAUUUGGAUGGGAAGCAAUGACCUUGCUUUUAGUUAUUUUGCUACACCACUGAGGAGUGCUCACUAUGAUAUACCAGCUUAUACAGACUUCCUGCUUGAAUUUGCUUCAACCUUCUUUCAGAAACUUUAUGCACUGGGAGCAAGAGUGAUUGGAGUAGCAAGUAUGCCACCAAUUGGGUGUGUGCCGGCACAGAUAACACUAGGUGGAGGCAUAGAGAGAGCCUGUUCUGAGGCUGAGAACCAAGCAGCAAUGCUCUACAACUCAAAGCUCUCUGCCCUUGUAGACUCCCUCAAUAAGAGACUUCCAGAAGCACUAGUGAUUUACAUUGAUAUAUAUAACCCUUUCUUGUCCAUUAUCCAAGACCCUGCUCAAUAUGGAUUUGAAGUGGUGGAUAAAGGAUGCUGUGGAACAGGAAUUGUUGAGUUCGGGCUUCUGUGUAACAAGCACACUCCUGGUACUUGUAACGAUGCGUCUAAGUACAUGUUCUGGGAUGGUUUUCAUCCCACAGAAACAGCUUGCAGGAUCCUCACCUCUGAAAUAUUGAAACAAGUUAACAAAUUCUUCUGA